AUGUUAUUGAGCGCCGCUGCCGCGCCUACAAAUGAAAAGCGCGCCGCUUUCUCUUUAAAUGAGGACGUGCGGAUAUACAUAAACGGCCAAGAAGCGACGUUCGAAGCAACACAAACACCAGGACCGCCUUGGGAUCAGUACAAGUAUGUGUUAAGUUCUGCUUAUUUGGAGGACAAUAUAAACUAUUUAAGGGAUGCCAUGGAGCACUGUAAAUGUCGACAUCCUUUAAAACCGUACCUAGAAACGAUUAUGAAAUAUUUUCAACAUAAGCUUGAUGAAGCAGACGGAGCGUCUCAUGUAACAUUUGACCAUGUUGAAAUGUGCGUCCAUUACGUCCAAGAUCUUCGAGGCAUAACUCACAAAGAGGUACCACCACAAAGACAUGAAUUUCGCCUGUAUGAGUUAAUAAAUACCUUAUUUCGCUCUCCACAAGCGCCAACGCAUAUACGUAUGCAUAUAUUGAACAGAUGGAUGUUUUUGUGUCAGCGUAUUUAUGAGAUGUGCUCUUCUAUGUUGCAAAAUCUCGAGAUGGAAAACACAAAAAAUGCCCGCCAAGAAGGAAACGGCGUCGAUGCCACUCCAGCCAAUUUUCAGGAUAGUCAUGAUAUUAAAAGCAGCAACCAAUUAACGUCAAUUCAGGCCACUAAGCGUGAUAUUGGCGAACACCCAUCUUCGAUGGCAGCAAACGAGAUGGUUGCUACAUCGUAUAUUCAAGGGUCGUUGGGAGCAUGGAAUCCCGACACAGAUGGGUUGUUGGACGAUGAAAAUGAGUUGGGUGAAAACGCCGCAUCGUCCAGUGGUGACGGACUGCGGCAUCUAAAUUCGACUGCGAGUGGGUCAAUCCCCGAACAGCAUGACGACUGGCUUCAUUCCUACAAUAAUUCCGAGAUAGCGGAAGAAGACGGAGAUCCAGAUUGGGACGAAUACUUCGAAUCAUAUUUGGACCGACUUAAAUCAUUGCCGCAAGAAUAUAGACCCAAGCAUCCUCCCUCCAGAGCACAACGGGUCCAACGGAACAUCCGUUGGCUCAGGUACUGCUAA